CGAAAGUAAUGAAUUAAAACAUCGUUGUCUUUGUGAAUGAUUCACAUUUUUGGGCUUUUCAAAGCGAGUUCUUGUUCGUGGACAAAGUAUAUGUUCAAGUUAAAUUGUAUAAUGGAAGAGUGUCGUUGUUGUUUAACCCCCGGCACUCACAAAAAUCUGAAAGCCCAGUACAGUCGGCUCGGAAAAACGGAAAUUUACGCUGAAAUGCUGAAGGAAUGUUUCAACAUUGUCCUUUCGUCGUCCGCGCAAUGGUCGACCGCGAUAUGCGACCAAUGCAUCGAUACGCUUCGCAGCUCUGUGGACUUCAGACGGCAGGUGUUGCGUGUCGAGCAGCAACUGUUGGAGAGGACUAAAGCAUUAGAAGCUUUUGUUUCAGAUGGUAUAGUCGAAGUGAAAACGGAGCCCUUGGACGCGAAUGGCGGAGAAGAUUCCGACGAUUACUUUCUGCCUUGCACCGAAGUGAAGAUUAAGAAGGAACCGAAGCCAGAUAUAAAGAAGCGUCACAGAAGUGUGAGGGAGAAGUGUGUCGGCGUGAAUCCCGAGUGGGAGGGAGAUGACACCAACAUUCCAACAAACAAUCGGGUCGACGCCAAAGACAAGGAAAAGAGCAUGAAAAGGAUCAAGAGGAGAACAGUUACUAUUGAAAGGUCAAAAGUUAAACUCCAAUGGACCAGAACAGCUAUAGCUGACAAGAUGAAGCACCGGGAGAACUUGCUUACGGUCUUGAAGUAUUCGAACGCGACACCCUUCAAGAAGAAGUCGUUGGUCGGCUUUAGUUGCGCGUAUUGCGAGGGGGCGUACCCCGACCCGGGCGAGCUGCGGCGCCACACCCGCACCGAACACGCCGCCCAGCGCCUGGAGCUCCGACCCGCGCGCGACCUCUCCCAGUACUACGUCAACCUGGACGUGGACAACCUCGCCUGCACGCUCUGCGAGAAAACCCUCGACAACCUAACUACCCUCAAGGAGCACCUAACGAAAGCCCACCAGAAAACCUUCCACGCGGACAUCAAGGACCACAUCCUCGAGUUUAAGCUGAAGAGCGGCGACGUUUUCGACUGCGCCAAGUGCGCGUCCACGUACGAGACGUUCAAGAUGCUGAAGCAGCACAUGAACAAGCACUACAGCAACUACGUGUGCGGGAAGUGCGGGACCGCGUUCGCGACCAAGAGGUCCCUGCACUCGCACCGGAACGUGCACAAGGAGGGCAGCUACAAGUGCGGCUACUGCGACAAGGUGUUCUCGAACCGUCCCAAGAAGUGCUACCACGAGAAGCUGCAGCAUCUGGGCGAGAGCAACAUCUCGAAGUGCCAGCACUGCGGUGCGCCCUUCAAGAGCUACUACCAGCGGAACCAGCACCUGAUCCGGGUGCACAACGACGAGGCCAAGUACAAGUGCAACGUCUGCAACAAGAGCUAUCUGCUCAAAUCGCUGCUCAUGUACCACAUAAAGAGGAAUCACUUGCUGGAGAGGAACUGCCAGUGCACGGAGUGCGGCUACCGGUUCUUCAGCAAGAAGGCUCUGAAGGCGCACAUGGUCCGGCACACGGGCGAGCGGAUAUACGCGUGCGAGGUCUGCGGCAAGGCGUACGCCAGGAAGUACACCCUGAGGGAGCACAUGCGCAUCCACAACAACGACCGGCGGUUCAAGUGCCACGUGUGCAGCCUGACCUUCGUGCAGAAGUGCAGCUUGAAGAGUCAUCUGCUGUCGAACCACGGGAUCAGCGUGGCGGCCUGCGAGAUCACCAUGACGACAAAUUGAAAAAAAUGUCUACAUGCGCAACUCAUUUUGUACCUAAUUAAAAGUUAGAUAUGUUUAA